AUGUCAACAGUGUUCCUUCAUUUUUCGCUCGAAUCGUUUCCAAGGCAUGAACUUGAACUUCUCCUGUACUUAAACCUAGGACCAAAUAAGCGAUCCCCUUCGAAGAUUUGUUCUCACUUUUCUCAAGCCAUAUCUUAG